AGGGGGUAGAGGGCUGUGAGACCGUGAAGGGGAGGGGGUCCCCAGCGCCCAAGCCGGAGCAAGAGACGCGGAGCCCGCGCGAGCGGCGGAGACAGGGCUCCGGAGCUACAGAUCCGGGCCCGGGCCGCCGCCAGGGGCCCCGCCCGGUCCCCCCACCCCACCCCACGUCCCUCCUGCAGCCCAGCUCCGCCCGCAGCCGCCGCGGACCAGGCAGGCCAGCACCGCCGCCAUGAUGUGCGAGGUGAUGCCCACCAUCAGCGAGGAUGGCCGGCGGGGCUCCGCGCUGGGCCCGGACGAGGCGGGCGGCGAGCUGGAGCGCCUCAUGGUCACGAUGCUCACCGAGCGCGAGCGCCUGCUGGAGACGCUGCGCGAGGCGCAGGAUGGGCUGGCUACGGCGCAGCUGCGGCUGCGCGAGCUGGGCCACGAGAAGGACUCGCUGCAGCGCCAGCUCAGCAUCGCGCUGCCCCAGGAGUUUGCGGCUCUGACGAAGGAGCUGAACUUAUGUCGGGAACAGCUGCUGGAACGGGAGGAAGAGAUUGCAGAGCUGAAAGCGGAGAGGAACAACACGCGGCUUCUCUUGGAACACCUGGAGUGUCUGGUGUCCAGGCAUGAGAGGUCACUACGCAUGACUGUGGUGAAACGCCAGGCCCAGUCCCCAGGAGGGGUCUCUUCCGAGGUGGAGGUGCUCAAGGCUCUAAAGUCCCUCUUCGAGCACCACAAGGCCCUGGAUGAGAAGGUCCGGGAGCGGCUGCGGAUGGCACUGGAGCGGGUGGCAGUGCUAGAGGAGGAGUUGGAGCUGAGCAAUCAGGAGACUCUGAGCCUUCGAGAUCAGCUGUCUAGGCGCCGGUCAGGGCUGGAGGAGCCCGGCAAGGAUGGGGACGGACAGACCCUUGCUAAUGGCCUGGGUCCUGGCGGGGAUUCUAACCGGCGCACUGCGGAGCUGGAGGAGGCCCUGGAGCGGCAGCGUGCAGAGGUGUGCCAGCUGCGGGAGCGCCUGGCGGUGUUGUGCCGUCAGAUGAGCCAGCUGGAGGAGGAGCUGGGCACCGCCCACCGUGAGCUGGGUAAGGCGGAGGAAGCUAACACCAAGCUACAGCGCGACCUCAAGGAGGCGCUGGCACAGCGGGAAGACAUGGAGGAGAGGAUUACGACGCUGGAAAAGCGCUACUUGAGUGCCCAGCGCGAGGCCACGUCUCUGCACGACGCCAACGACAAGCUGGAGAACGAGUUGGCCAGCAAGGAGUCUCUGUACCGGCAGAGUGAAGAAAAGAGCCGUCAGCUGGCCGAGUGGCUGGACGACGCCAAGCAGAAGCUGCAGCAGACAUUGCAGAAGGCAGAGACCUUGCCUGAGAUAGAGGCACAGCUAGCCCAGCGCGUGGCAGCGCUCAAUAAGGCUGAGGAACGUCAUGGGAAUUUUGAGGAGCGGCUUCGGCAGUUGGAGGCCCAGUUGGAGGAGAAGAACCAGGAGCUGCAGCGGGCCCGGCAGCGGGAAAAGAUGAACGAUGACCACAAUAAGAGGCUGUCCGAGACAGUGGAUAAACUACUGAGCGAGUCCAAUGAACGGUUACAGCUUCAUCUCAAGGAGCGAAUGGGGGCGCUAGAGGAGAAGAAUUCACUGAGUGAGGAAAUUGCCAACAUGAAGAAGCUUCAGGACGAGCUGCUCCUCAACAAAGAGCAGCUCUUGGCAGAGAUGGAGCGAAUGCAGAUGGAGAUCGACCAGCUGCGGGGGAGGCCACCAUCCUCCUACUCCAGGUCUCUCCCUGGCAGUGCCCUGGAGCUCCGUUACUCCCAGGCACCUACAUUACCUUCUGGUGCCCACCUGGAUCCCUACGGGGCUGGCAGUGGCCGGGCAGGCAAGAGGAGCCGCUGGUCAGGGGUCAAGGAUGAGCCCUCCAAGGAAUGGGAGCGAUCUGCCCCUGCGGGGUCCAUGCCACCCCCAUUUCCUGGGGAACUGGAUGGCUCAGAUGAGGAGGAGACGGAGGGGAUGUUUGGGGCUGAGCUGCUGUCCCCCAGCGGGCAGGCCGAUGUGCAGACACUGGCCAUCAUGCUUCAGGAGCAGCUGGAAGCCAUCAACAAGGAGAUCAAGCUAAUCCAAGAGGAGAAGGAGACAACAGAACAAAGGGCAGAAGAGCUGGAGAGCCGGGUGUCUGGCUCCGGCCUGGACUCACUGGGCCGCUACCGCAGUAGCUGCUCACUACCCCCAUCCCUCACCACCUCUACCCUAGCCAGCCCAUCCCCUCCCAGCUCCGGCCACUCAACACCCCGCCUGGCACCCCCUAGCCCUGCCCGUGAGGGCACCGACAAAGCUGUGAGUGAACUUUCUGGAACACCCUCAGAUGAGAUGUUGGCCACUGACCCUCUGGGGCUAGCAAAGCUGACAGGCCCAGGAGACAAGGACCGAAGGAACAAGAGGAAGCAUGAACUUCUGGAAGAGGCCUGCCGCCAGGGCCUGCCCUUUGCUGCCUGGGAUGGCCCCACCGUGGUCUCCUGGCUGGAGCUGUGGGUAGGCAUGCCUGCGUGGUAUGUGGCCGCCUGCCGGGCCAAUGUCAAGAGUGGCGCCAUCAUGGCCAACUUGUCAGACACGGAGAUCCAGCGCGAGAUUGGUAUCAGCAACCCACUGCACCGGCUCAAACUGCGCCUUGCCAUCCAGGAGAUGGUCUCACUCACCUCACCCUCGGCUCCCGCCUCUUCCCGCACGUCCACAGGAAACGUGUGGAUGACACAUGAGGAGAUGGAGUCCCUUACAGCCACGACUAAACCCGAGACCAAGGAGAUCAGCUGGGAGCAGAUCCUGGCAUAUGGCGACAUGAACCACGAGUGGGUGGGAAACGACUGGCUGCCCAGCCUGGGGCUGCCUCAAUACCGCAGCUACUUCAUGGAGUCGCUGGUGGAUGCCCGCAUGUUAGAUCAUCUUAACAAGAAGGAGCUUCGGGGCCAACUCAAGAUGGUGGACAGCUUCCACAGGGUGAGUCUGCAUUAUGGGAUCAUGUGCCUGAAAAGGCUCAACUAUGACCGGAAAGACUUGGAGCGGAGGCGAGAAGAAAGUCAGACCCAGAUCCGAGACGUGAUGGUGUGGUCCAAUGAGCGGGUCAUGGGUUGGGUGUCUGGGCUGGGCCUUAAGGAAUUCGCCACAAAUCUCACGGAAAGCGGGGUGCACGGGGCGCUGCUGGCCCUGGACGAGACUUUUGACUACUCCGACCUGGCCUUGCUCCUGCAGAUCCCCACGCAGAAUGCACAGGCCCGGCAGCUUCUGGAAAAGGAAUUUAGUAACCUCAUCUCCUUGGGCACAGACAGGCGGCUGGACGAGGACAGCGCCAAGUCCUUCAGCCGCUCCCCAUCCUGGAGGAAGAUGUUCCGAGAGAAGGACCUCCGAGGCGUAACCCCCGACUCAGCUGAGAUGUUGCCCCCCAACUUUCGUUCGGCCGCAGCAGGGGCCCUGGGCUCGCCGGGGCUCCCUCUUCGCAAGCUGCAGCCGGAAGGCCAGACUUCAGGGAGUUCCCGGGCAGACGGCGUUUCCGUCCGGACCUAUUCCUGCUAGUGCAGGCCUCCAGGUGACCUCAUUCGGAUGGAAGAAUCUUCCAGAGGCUGGGCUGUUCCCCAUCCUGACCAGAGUAUGGUCUCGCCGGGGAGAGCGGGCGGGGGAGCACGCGCCGUGGACUGGACCAUCUGUACAGACUAGCGGGGAGUGCGCGUUCCCGCCUCACAAAUGGACUGGGCCUGGACCAAACCACAUGAACUGGACCGAGAGGGGGAAAGAAGAGGGCAGGAAGAAAUCCCGUCCCAAACUUCCGCCUUCCUUAUCUCUACUUUGUAAUUUAUUGAUCAAUUUCCGAUGAGAGAUGGGUGCCCAUUCCCCCGCGGGAAGGGGGCGGGGCUUCCCUCCAGGGCCGCAUGCGAGGGGAGGCUGCCCCCUCUCCUUUCUCCUCCCCAGUUGCGGGGUCCAAGUCUUCCUUCUUCGUCCGAAAGGAGGGGAGGGGGGACUCGCUGCUACAAGCCUCGCCCCCUGUGCCACUCAGUCCCGCCCAGCCGCGUCCGGUCGCCGGUGCCCCAGGUCCGCUGUGGGCGGGGUCCCUUCUCCCUCCUCAGUGUCUCGUGUCCCCAGGGCCCCUCCGCCCCCCCGUGCUGUGGCCGUGGCCGUGUCCGUGCCCCGGGGGUAGGGGACGCAGAAAUGCUCUCCCUGUUCCCCUCCGGCUCCGGGGUUUGCAUGGGAGAAUCCUCUUUCCACGAUGCCGCUGGGCGACGUGGCGUGAGGGGAGGGAGGACGGUGGGGGAGUCUUUUCCCCCGACUCUUGGUCGGCCUCCCUGCCCCAGGCGUCACUCAGUGAUCACGGGUAAAGAGAACUGUUUCAAAAA